AGGUUGGAAUUUGCCCUUGACAAAUAGCAAAAUGAUGAGUGAUGCAAGUGACAUGUUGGCUGCGGCGUUGGAGCAGAUGGACGGUAUUAUAGCAGGUUCUAAGGCCCUGGAAUAUUCCAAUGGGAUUUUUGAUUGCCAGUCUCCCACCUCCCCGUUCAUGGGAAGCUUGCGAGCUCUGCACCUUGUGGAAGACCUGCGCGGGUUGUUAGAGAUGAUGGAAGCGGAUGAGAAGGAAGGCUUGAGGUGCCAGAUCCCAGACUCCACGGCGGAAACGCUCAUCGAGUGGCUGCAGAGUCAAAUGACAAAUGGACACCUCCCUGGGAAUGGAGAUGUGUAUCAAGAAAGGCUGGCACGUUUAGAAAAUGAUAAAGAAUCUCUCGUUCUUCAGGUAAGUGUGUUAACAGACCAGGUAGAGGCUCAGGGAGAAAAGAUUCGCGAUUUGGAGUUUUGCCUUGAAGAGCACAGAGAGAAGUUGAAUGCCACAGAAGAAAUGCUGCAACAGGAGCUUCUGAGCAGGACAUCCUUAGAAACUCAGAAGUUGGACCUGAUGGCUGAAAUAUCUAACUUGACGUUAAAACUGACAGCUGUAGAGAAGGACAGAUUGGAUUACGAAGACAGAUUCAGAGACACAGAAGGGCUAAUGCAGGAGAUCAAUGAUUUGAGGUUAAGAGUCACUGAAAUGGACAAUGAAAGACUUCAGAAUGAAAGAAAGCUGAAAUCUACCAAAGAGGAACUAGCAUCUCUAAAAGAACAGCUGGAAGAGAAGGAAUCUGAAGUAAAAAGACUACAAGAAAAAUUGGUUUGCAAGAUGAAAGGAGAAGGGAUUGAAAUUCUUGAUCGAGAUGAAAAUUUUAAAAAGAAGCUCAAAGACAAAAAUAUCGAAGUACAAAAAAUGAAAAAGGCUGUGGAGUCUUUGAUGGCAGCAAAUGAAGAAAAGGAUCGGAAAAUAGAAGAUCUUCGACAGUGCCUGAACAGGUACCAGAAAAUGCAAGAUACAGUGGUACUGGCCCAAGGUAAAAAAGGCCAAGAUGGCGACUUUGAAGACCUGCUCCCUUCCAGUUCCUUCUCCACUUUGCUGGACGCACAGGGCUUUAGCGAUCUGGAGAAAAACCUGUCAUCUACGCCGGUAAUGGGAUCUCCCAGUCAUGACCCAUUUAACACAAGUGCUCCAGAAGAGUUCCACACCAGCAUCUUGCAAGUUUCAAUCCCUUCAUUAUUGCCAGCAUCUAAAGGCUUGGAAACUUCUGAAAAAGUGAAAUUGCCUCCUAAGCCAGAGACUUCAUUUGAGGAGAAUGAUGGGAAACUAAUCCUUGGUUCUGCUGUUGAAACUCAACUAUGCAAUAGUCUUUCAACUUCAAGUCUGCAGAAGUCUAGCAGCCUGGGCAAUUUGAAGAAAGAGUCAUCAGACGGGGAAAAGGAGUCUAUUCCGAAGCCUUCAGAGACUAAAGCUCUGGUAGAAAGUAGCCCAUUUGGGAGCCUCCCUCACAAAGCUCCGGGACAUGAUGCCUCUGUGGAUGACAAUCCCUUUGGCACUCGAAAAACCAGAUCUUCCUUUGGUCGUGGCUUUUUUAAAAUCAAAAGUAACAAGAGGACAGCAAGUGCGCCAAACUUGGAUCGUAAACGAAGUGCCAGUGCACCCACCUUAGCUGAAACAGAGAAGGAGACACCCGAGCACUUAGAUCUGGCUGGCGUAUCGUCUCACCCAAAAGAUUCACAGGGGAGCAGUCCCUUCCAGAUAUCGCCACCAUCGCCAGGUUCCAAAAAGAAAUCUAGGGGAAUCAUGAGACUCUUUGGAAAACUUAGGAGAAGUCAGUCAACUACAUUUAACCCAGAUGACAUGUCUGAGCCUGAAUUCAAAAGAGGAGGGACAAGGGCAACUGCAGGACCCCGACUGGGUUGGUCUCGAGAUUUGGGACAAUCUAACAGUGACUUGGAUAUGCCAUUUGCCAAGUGGACCAAGGAACAGGUUUGCAAUUGGCUUGUGGAACAGGGCUUGGGGUCCUACCUGAACUCUGGCAAGCGCUGGAUUGCAUCUGGCCAAACACUUUUGCAGGCUUCUCAACAAGAUCUAGAGAAGGAACUUGGAAUCAAGCAUUUACUUCAUCGAAAGAAACUCCAGCUGGCACUGCAAGCCCUGGGGUCCGAAGAAGAAACCAAUCAUGGAAAGCUGGAUUUCAACUGGGUCACUAGAUGGUUGGAUGAUAUUGGUCUCCCCCAAUACAAGACCCAAUUUGAUGAAGGACGGGUAGAUGGUCGAAUGCUUCAUUACAUGACUGUUGAUGACUUACUGUCUUUGAAGGUCAUGAGCGUGCUCCAUCAUCUCAGUAUCAAGAGGGCCAUCCAGGUCCUGCGGAUCAAUAACUUUGAACCAAACUGUCUGCGGAGGCGACCCUCUGAUGAGAAUAGCAUCACCCCAUCAGAGGGUCAGCAGUGGACCAAUCAUCGCGUGAUGGAGUGGCUGCGCUCCGUGGACUUGGCGGAAUAUGCCCCCAAUCUCAGAGGCAGUGGUGUCCAUGGUGGGCUCAUGGUUCUAGAACCUCGUUUUAAUGUGGAAACAAUGGCUCAGUUACUGAACAUCCCACCAAGCAAGACCCUGCUGCGAAGACAUUUGGCCACUCAUUUCAACCUUCUGAUCGGUGCUGAGGCCCAACGCCAGAAACGGGAUGCCAUGGAGUUACCAGAUUAUGUACUUUUAACAGCUACUGCCAAAGUGAAGCCAAAGAAACUUACCUUCAGCAAUUUUGGGAAUCUGAGAAAGAAGAAACAGGAAGAUGGGGAGGAAUAUGUUUGUCCAAUGGAAUUGGGACAGGCCUCAGGAGGUACAUCUAAGAAAGGAUUUAAGCCUGGUUUGGACAUGCACCUGUAUGAUGAGGACGACUUGGACCGGUUAGAGCAGAUGGAAGACUCAGAAGGGACAGUGAGACAGAUAGGCGCAUUCUCCGAGGGCAUCAACAAUCUAACUCACAUGUUAAAGGAAGACGAGAUGUUUAAAGAUUUUGCUGCCCGUUCCCCCAGCGCCAGCAUCACCGAUGAAGACUCAAAUGUCUGA